UUCUGAGUGGAAAAUAAACAAAAGAAUCGGAGCGGCUUUCACUUUAAUCUGAGGCCACUGCGUUUAGUGCACUUGCAGCGGCGUACGCACAAUCUCGAGCCCAGCCCCAAGAGAAUCCGGAUCUGCAAGAUGCUCCUCCAAGUUCUGUGCACGGUUGUGGGUGUCAUGCUGAUCGCAGGAACUCAGCUGCCUGUUCAGGGUCUGGCCAUUACCAACGGACACUGCCAGAAGAACAUCAGUGUCAAGUACCAGGUGCCAGUGACCAAGAACCGAGUCCUAGGCUCCGAAAAUGCCGACAACUAUGUAGUAUUCGAGGAGCGGGUGCGUUGGGACAACAUCCAGGUGUGCUGCCCAGGCUAUCGCACCAUCCUGUUCGGAUUCUGUGAGCCCGUCUGUCAGGAGCCCUGCCCCAUGCACAGCUACUGCGCCGAGCCGGACCGCUGCCACUGCCUGCGCGGCUAUGAGCCCUCUCACCUCCACCAGCAGCCCGUGCAUCGACACCACCAACUCACCUGCCGCCCGGUCUGCCAGGGCGGAUGUCCGGAGCACAGCAACUGCGUGGCCCACAACGAGUGCCAGUGCCGUCCGGGCUUCAGGGACGCCAGCAGCUGGUUCAGCCUCAGUCUGCGCUGCGAAAGGAUACAGUGCGGCCACGAACAGCGCUUCGAUCCUGUCCGACGAGCCUGUGUCCAGAUUGAAAUGAGCAUGGAAGAGCUGAUGCAGCGUGUCGCCGACCGGUUGGCCAAGGGACUGGAGACGGAGUCCACCACCGAGCCGGAGGAGCCGUAGGUUGAAGUAUUCUAAGAUUUCCAUUUCAUUCUAUGCCUUUUAAAUCGCCCCAAAGUGUAUCUAUUUAAUUUUUAUGUAAGAAAUCUUUAAGUUGGAUAUUGAAUCCAAAGUAAAGUGCAA